CUUCCCAACACACGCACAGUACAAGCCUCUUUAGCUAAAAACCAUGAGUUCUCGCCCUUUUUCUCGCAGUCACUGAGUCUGCGAAAUAACAGGCCCAGUAGGAAAGACACACGGCUUCGGGGAGGCGGGUAGAAGGAGUUUUACAUUUAAAGUGAACUAAUGUUCUGCAGAUUGUUCCCGAAUUGUAUGCACCCUGUACGUAAAUUGUGGAUUUACAAAAUUUGUAGUGGAUUAUGCCAGUAGAGUCAACAGAGGACGCCCCCCUUGUCCAGUACCAUCAUCGUCAUCCAAGCCAUCACCAUCAUCAUUUCUUGCCAUGCUACGCUGAGGGUUUAGGCCUGGUUUCAGGACCAGAUGACCUUUGUCAUUCAAGCACAGCAGACCACAUUGCAGCUUCAGCUGCUCUUUCUCUAGACAGUAACGACAAUCUCAUCAGCACACAUAGCCCACCUCUGAUCAAUCUAAGUCCAAACCUGAGCCCCUCUUCCGAAUCUCGUGUUUCACCAUUUUAUGAUUUUAGAGAGACAACUCGCAGGAGAAGUGCUCAAGAUCAGUAUACUAGUAACCACCCAAUGCAACACUCCCCACAAGGCAUCUCUGGAUAUAUUACGGCUGACGAUUCGGGAAGAAAGACCGAAAGUCCAGCAAGAAAGCGUCGCAAACUUGGAGCCUCUCUUCAAGACUUAACCAACGCAAGCAGCCCUCCCCCUUACGUUAUCCGGGCCGGGGAUCCUGUGUCGGAGUCCAGAAGUGACCGUCGAAGGACUUUAUCAACCAGACGAGCAUCUGGAGAAAGGGCAGUCACCCCAAGACCCCGUAGAAGCAAUAGCACCCGCCGUCGCACACGUGACAGGGAUUCUUCAACUUCCACCACGGCCACACCUGAAGAGCGCCGAGCUUUCCAGCCCCCCAAUCCACCACAUUUACAUGUGGCUGCCAGUUCUGCAUUCCUGGCUCGACAGAUUCAUCCAGCCAUGUUAACUGCCCAGCACCCUCCAUCUGUUCUAGAACACCUUGAGCAGGUGUCAAUGGCUGGUGCAAUGCCAAUGGGUCCGUAUGUACCUUUAUGUGCAACAGCCACACCUCAUCCCCUGAGCAUGUGUGCCCCCAUGCCUCCUCUUCACAUGGGAGGAUCGGCGGCUAUGCCUUCCUGGUCCUUAGCCAACUUGCCCGUCAGACUUCAAUCCUGUACCCUUCCUCACUGCACCCUCCCCCAUUCUCUCCCUCAGUACUUACCGCCGUCCAAUCAUGCCCAGCCCCCACCCCAAGCUCACAUCCCCCUGCCAGCUCACAUCCCUGGAUUGCACUACCAGCACAGGCCAUACCACCAUCAACAGCAGCACCAUCAACAGCAAUCUCAACAACGUCAUGUACAAAGCACACAGGAGGAGGAAGUACAUAAUGUAUUGACUGAGACAAGGGGAACCAGUGUCUAUCCACUUCAUCCAAGUUUUCAUCAUCACCACCACCAUCAUCACCACCAUCCGGCAGCUGCAGCUCUUUCUUCUUCUCAUCCUUCCCACAGUAGCCAUGGCCACAACAUCCCCCACCCGAUCAGCUCAUCACAGCCUGUUGUCCUUCAGGAACCAACAGUCCACCCCACCCCACCAGACUUCUAUGUAGGUUCUCUCUCCCGGUACUACUCCAGGAGGUCCAGCACAAGAAGCAGAGCAAGAAUUCAACAACAACAUUAUAGUCCUGGAUUCUUACUACAAUUUCUAGCUAUGUUGGGAAGUCCACCAAUACCUCCCUAUGGCAGAGACCUGGACAAUCCAGAAGAAGUUGAAAACUAUGAGGCACUUUUGUCUCUGGCUGAAAGAUUGGGUGAAGCCAAACAAAAAGGUUUGACCAAAAGUGACAUUGAGCAGCUGCCUGUGUACAGGUUCAGCAGUGAGACUGCUCGCUCCGAGUCUGAUCAAACAUCAUGUGUUGUCUGCAUGUGUGACUUUGAGAGCAAGCAGCUAUUACGUGUGCUGCCUUGUUCUCAUGAGUUCCAUGCCAAAUGUGUUGACAAGUGGCUGAAAACAAACCGAACUUGCCCAAUAUGUCGCCAAGAUGCCACAGAAACAAGUGGUUGUGGAGAAUAAGCUGUUAGGGUCAACUCAUCAGCCAUGUUUUAUACAACGUCAUGGCAGAAUUCAUAUUCCAGUUUUUGUUUUUUUUUUGUAAACAAAACUUUCAAAACUUCAUCAGGGACACCAUAUUUCAAGAUGUGUUUUCUGUUCUGGAACAAUGAAACUGGACAAACCUAAUGCUGAAACUUAAGCAAAAGACUCUUUCAAGCUAUUACACUGUUACUUAACUGUAACUCACAAACUUUAGAAUUAUGACCAUGACAUUAAUGGAGUAUAUCUGUUGUAUAGAGAUAUUGAAACUUUUAUGUACAGUUUAACUAGUGGGUGUUCACUGCCUGGAAAAGUGUAUUUUAUAUCUACAGAAAGUGGACUUUACAAUUUUCAGGCUUUGAGAUAUGAGGAUGAUGAUAUUGAAUCACUCACAAAAUUGAGUUCAAUGAUUCACACUCAGGGUGCUGAAUAAUUCACACACUGUGAUGUCAAUUGGAACAGUUGCCUGGGAUACAAUGUUUGCCACUAGACAGAACAUUUGAGAGAACCACAUCUCUCACUUUGUACAAAGUUUUUGUUCAUGUUGGAUUUUUUUUUAGCCUAAUCAGAAAUUUUACAAUAAUCUAUCUCUACCAUUAUCAGUGAAGACUUGGAGUCAUGAUUCUGUCCGUACCUCGGUGCUGGAAACUCUUCAAAGAUGGCUAUCAAGUUCUGUUUAUGCUGUCUUUUGGAUACAAUUAGAAUUUUGUUUUCAGAACCAAAUAAUUAGACAGACCUUAAUUAUGAAGCUCUUGUGUCAUUUAUAAACAUUUUUUUUUUAGAGAUAAUUAGGAAAAUAAAACGAAUUCCAAUUGAGUCCCAAAUAUUUGAUGUUAAAUGUUUUAUGCAUUAACAUUUUGACCAGGAGAAUUCAGGAAAACUGUUUCAUUUCAAUUUUGGCUUUUAAGAACAAACUAAAAAACCAUUUAGCCUUUAUGCUGGUUUCUAUUUCUCUUGAAGAUUUGGGUGUUAGCUAUCAGGUUAGUGCAUGAACAAAACAUUCAUAACAUUGUGAUGAACUUCAUUUGCAUCCUGGCCAAAGUGUUAGUCCAUUGCAACUUUUGGACUGGAUUAGAAGCAUGUAUAGUUAUUUUCUUACAUUCAUGUAAUAAUUAUAGAAAGAAAUCUUAUUCAAAGGAGGAGAUACCUUCUUAAUAAUUUGGAAUAGGGAAAUAAGUUUAUUUGGCACAAAUGUGUCUUGGUUUAAUGUUUUUUAAAAAGCAAUUUUACAGACUAAAAAUUUGACAAUAUUUCUGUAUCAUCUUGAUUUCAAUUCUUCUAAGUUGGUACUAGUUAUGUCUCUUGCUUCGCUCACUUGCAUCAAGAGCACAAUCAUCUUUCAAGUUUUCAUAAUUGACUCUACCUUUUGAAAGGAUCAAGCAUUUUCAACGUUGAGACAAAAUGUUAAUGACGGUGCAUACUAGGCUUCACUCAAUUUGGUCUUCAUUGAUAACCUUCAAAUUUGGUUCAAGAUAAUUCCUCUUACUGUAUAGACUGAAUACUUUGAUUCUCUCAGUUUCUAUCUUUCAGUUUAAUUGACUUUACAUUUCCUGUUAAAUUCUUUUGUUCAGUCCAGCAAAUAGUAAUUGAAGCAAUAUAAAUUUAAAAGCCCUCAAGAAAAGUCUUUGAACAAUUAUCUGUUUCUGUGGUAAUAGAAGCCUAUCUGUUGGGCUGACUUAUGGUGUGCGUAUAUUGCCUGUCUGGUUGCGGUAUGUCUCCUUGUUCCCAGAUGUUUGUGUGUGUGUGUGGAACCCAUCUUUGCUCAACUUCUCUUUGAAUAUAGCUCUUGAUUCCAGGUUCGUUUCAAAUGACAGUUAGUAUAGUUUAACAAUUGUCAAAGUGGUGGAACUCUUAAUAAUUAAACAUUGAUGAUUGUAGGAGAAACAGCAAGAAUCAAACCACUUUUUAAACCAAUACCAUCCUUAAAGGAUGAUGGUUAGGUUCAACUCUAAAACAUAAGUAACAAAACCUUUGUUUCUGGUGUGUGUUUUUAACCGAGAGCAUGGGUCUAGCAACUAUUUGAUACAAUGAAGGAAACAGUUGGAUCAAUCCACAUAUACUUUUGUAGAUUUGAUUGAAAGAUUUUGAUAUGUUCUGGAGUGUAACAUGUUCAUGUUAUAGUACUAUAAGCCAUAUAAUUUUAAUUGUGAUAUUCCAGUUUAGAUUACAAGCUCGCUUAUCACUGUGUUAAUUGGAUAAUAUAUUACCAGGAGCCUCAACUGAGUUGUGUUUAAAAAAAAGUUUUGUUGUAAAUGUACAGGAAAUAGUGUCAUUUUUUAGGCGAAAAAAAAGUUACAAAACCUGCUAAAAUAAUACGGGGAGCCACUGAGUGCUGUUUGGAGUUAACAUUCACAAACACUGUUUAGUGUGUCAUCUCACUUCUAGUUUGAGCUACACAUGAAUCACUAAAUGUGUGUGAUGUUGAUAUUGUGACUAUUUCAUGUCUUCACACACCAGUGUAACAGGAAAUGUGUGUGGUGUGGGAAUGGCUAAGUGUGAAGAUGUUAUGUGAAGUAUACAUGAAUAAUGUUUCAAUGAAACUAACCAUUUUCCCAUAUAGUUUGUUUUCAAUUGUGUUUCUUUAUCAUUAGAAAAACACCAGUUUCAACAAAAAUGUAUUUGAAAUCAAUGAAUGUGUCCUGUUCCUAGGGUUUGAACAUUCCUUUAGUUGUAGACAACUGCUCAUAGAAAGCUUUAACUCAAAUCAUUAUUACAAUCAACAUACUUUUUGUUUUGUUUGUGAGUGCCAUAAGCUGUAACUAAUAAAACUAAUGGCUCUGAUUUGUAUUCUUGGAAAUAGUGAAAAUUUCCUUGCACCAGAGCUUGAAAUAUUCUCCAGCAUUGACAAUACUAGUUUUAAAUAAAUGUUCAUUAUUUUCAUUGGUCUGCUUCAAUGUUUCUAUGAAUGAGAAGUGAAUAGAUUUGCAUUGAAGUCAGUGUAAGAACUAUUCAGCAUGUUGAUUGCAUUUAGUUAACUAUGAUAGAUGGAUUCUGUAAACAUAAAUGAAACACAAAUAUUUUCCCACAAUAUUGUCACAAUAUUAAAACUUGUUUGAUUUUUCUAUUGCUUGUUAUGUCAAUGGCUUUUUAAAAACUUGUUUGCAGUUCAGUUGCAUUCAGAAUCCUCAGUGUUGCUGUAUUUUACUUGACAUUGUGUACAAAAAAAAAAAACAUACAUAUAUUUCAAAUGUUUUUUUUUAUAUUUUUUUUACUUGACAAAUUGUUGACUUCUAGUAACAUUGUACAGUAAGUAUGUCAUGAAUAUGUAUAGGCUGUACAGCAUAUGUACAAUAUAUUUUGUACACUAUAGGAUGUUGCCUGAUUAGUUGUGUCUAGUGCUGAAGUUUUCUAUUUCCCAAUCCCACAGUAAAUCGGGUUCAUUUGAAUUGUAAAUAAUGCUACUCCACAUCUACACUAGUACCUGGGGCAAGAAACAAGCAUUGACAUUGUUUUGGUGGGUCACUGUCAGAAAUCUAGUCUCAAUAAGAAGAGAUCUAUUCUGAAUUGUAUAUGCAUUAAGAAAAAAAAAAAUGUUUCAAAGGAAAAUAAAAAUUGUUUGAAUUUUCUUCUUCAAGAGGGCAAAAAGUAAAGUUGCUGAGAAAUGUUCCUGAUUUACACAGUCUACCUCACGUUUACAUGACAUUUGUCUCUUUGUUGUCAUUGACCUUCAACUAGAACUGUUCAUCUGGAAGUUCAGGUUGUUGUGUUGGACAGGAUCAACUUCAAGAUUGGAGUUUUGUUUUCUAAUGAAUAGGAAAUAAUUCAAACAAGUUUUCCAUAAGAAAUUUUAUUUUUAAUUUUUUUUUUUUGGUGUCAAUAGGAUUAAAACCAUAAAUCAUUUUAAGACUUUUAAAAAAUAUUUUUGCUUUAAAAUGUGGGCAUGUUACCAUCACAUCAGUUUCAUUAUUAUUUUGUUUUCCAAUGUUAUAUUACAUAGUAGCAAGUUUGUCUACCAAAGCAAAGUGUAGGACCUUUAGGAUUUUACUACCAGAACAUCUUCCUCAAAGUUUGGAACUGAAGAAACUAGCAAUAAAAUAAACCCAAAUUUAGUAUGUGGCUUCAAGUCAGUGAAGUCACAGUUUGUGAAACACUUUUUGAACAUUACAUCCUAACAACAAGUCAACUUACUGGCUGGCUUUUUUUUCAAUGAUCAAAUUAAAGUACUAACAAGCAUAAGGCUUUGCUUCAGUUCCAAACAUUAAGAAGGAUUAUAGUAAGCAAGCUAAUAAGCUAUUACUGACUUAGGUUAUCAAACAUUUUUAUAGUUUUAUUUUUAUAAAGAAGUCAUUUUGAUUAUUAAAGAGUUCAUACAAUCUUGUAUGUACAAUGUUAAGUUGUGGAUAUCUGGACUCUAUUUCAGCCCCUACAACCAUUGUUAGGGUUUGGACUGUCUUGUUGACCUAAGUAUUGUGCAGAUUCUUUCUCUAUUGUCAUUUGUCCAUUGGGGACACUUGCUCUAACAGUGACCAUGUUCCAAUGUUACUUCUAACUGGCUGUUUUUUUGUUUUUUUUUUCUUCUUGUAUUACCACCUCAUGCAAAUAAAAAAUCACAUUGAAUGGUAUCUACAAAUUAUAUGGCAAAUAAACAUAUAGAAAUAUUUCAUUUCAAA